AUGGACAGCUGUUGCUCUGGAGUGGUGCAAGUAUUUGUGGGUGAAUGGAGCCCAGAAUAUGAAGCACUUUCCAUUAAAGCUACAAAACAAACUUCAUCAGCUGAGAUUGUGGAGUGCAUAAUCGAAAGACUUGGUUUAGUUGAUGCUAAUGUUUCCAAUGGAUAUGAAUUAGCAGAAGUAGUAGGGAACUCUGUUGGGCAAGAAUGUAAGGAAAGAAGACUUGGGCCAACUGAGUGCCCUGUAGCACUUAUGUUAUUAUGGCCCAAAAAUGCAGCACAACAAGAAUACUAUAGGUUUUACUUACGAAAGAAACAGCCGGAUUUAUGGUCAGAUAGUAGAUUUCCGAUGGAUCCACAACUUCUAAAGGACUACUUUAAUAGAUUCCUGUAUCAGCCGCGUGACAAAGAAUAUCCAGAUCUGUGUCAACUUCCAGACCUUAAUGAACAGACUCUGCUGGACAACCUCCGGGCUAGGUUUUUAGCUGGAAACAUAUAUACCUAUGUUGGCAGCAUCUUGAUCGCAUUGAAUCCAUUUAAAUUUUAUCCUAUCUACAAUCCAAAAUAUGUGAAACUCUACCAAAAUAGAAGAUUGGGGCCAGACAUACCUCCGCACAUAUUUGCCAUAGCUGAUGCUGCUUAUCACUGUAUGCUUAAAGAGAAACGAAAUCAAUGCAUUGUUAUUAGCGGUGAGAGUGGAUCAGGUAAAACGGAAUCAACAAAUUUUCUACUGCACCAUUUAACGGCACUCAGUCAGAAGGGUUCACACGGCAGCGGUGUGGAACAGACAAUACUCAGUGCUGGCCCUGUGUUGGAAGCGUUUGGUAAUGCGAAAACAGCGCAUAACAAUAAUAGUAGUCGUUUCGGGAAAUUUAUCCAAGUGAAUUACAAGGAAAAUGGAAUGGUGCAUGGGGCUGUGGUGCAAAAGUAUCUUCUGGAAAAGUCUAGAAUAGUCUCCCAAGGAAGAAAUGAAAGGAAUUACCAUGUAUUUUAUUACCUUUUGGCUGGAGCAAAUGAACAAGAAAAGCAACUUCUGCAUUUAGAAAAUUGUGAUCGUUAUAAUUAUUUAAAUAAAAGUGGCUGUUACGGACUGGAGAAUAUUGAUGAAAGACACGAAUUUUCAAGACUGAAACAAUCUAUGGAGAUGGUUGGAUUCACGCCAGAAAAACAGAGACGAUUAUUCGCCGUUCUGUCAGCUGUUCUUCUACUCGGCAAUGUGGAGUUUCAACCUAGAAAAUCUUAUCAUCACCACGAUGAAGCUGUAGGUGUUAAGAAUCCGGAAGUAGUAGCGUUAAUAUCUGAACUCCUUAGAGUGAAACAAGAGACUCUUUUAGCUGCACUUACUGCUAAACGCGCUAGAGCUUCGGGGGAAACUUUGGUUAUUAACUACAGGCUUCCAGAAGCAAUUGCAGCAAGGGAUGCCAUGGCCAAAUGUCUAUAUGGAGCUUUAUUUGAUUGGAUCGUUCUGCAGGUGAAUCACGCAUUACUUUCAAAGAAAGACACUCUCAGAGAUCAUCAAGGCAAUAGUAUAGGUGUGCUAGAUAUUUUUGGUUUCGAGGAUUUUAAAACGUGCAAUAGUUUUGAACAAUUGUGUAUAAAUUACGCGAACGAGCAACUGCAACAUUAUUUCAAUCAACAUGUAUUUCAAUACGAGCAACGAGAGUACAGAAAACAGGGAAUUAGAUGGACAGAUAUAGGAUAUAGUGACAAUUCAGGCUGUUUAAACUUAAUAGAAGGAAAACCUAAUGGUCUUCUUUGUCUCUUAGACGAUCAGUGCAAUUUUCCGGGUGCAACGAAUGAGACAUUACUACAAAAAUUUAAUUCAGUACAUAAAGACAAUCCAUUCUACGAGGCACCACAACGACGCGAAGCAGCCUUUGUUGUACGACAUUAUGCAGGGGCUGUUAAAUACCAAGCUGCUAAUAUGAGAGAAAAGAACUUGGAUUUAAUGCGACCUGACGGCGUGGUUGGCGUAUUGAAAAAUUCUUCUCUUGCUUUUGUCCGGGAGUUAGUGGGUGCAGAUCCAGUUGCAGUAUUUAGAUGGGCUAUACUGCGAGCAUUUUUUCGGGCUCAUUUUGCUUUUCAAGAAGCUGGUCGUGUUCACAGACAUGGUCGAGCUGAUGGUACAAAAGCAUCUGUACAAAACAGGUAUAGGACGCCGAACGAGAAUUUAAUAAGUUCGCACAAACAUAAUCGUCCACCAAGCUAUCAGAAGCAGCGCAGUGUCUGUAUACCAUCAACAAUACCCACUACCACAUUAUCUUCUAUACAACUCGAAAACAACGACAAUGUAAACAACAACCGAUUGUCGUGGCCACAAUUCCGAAACAUUAAUCAAACGCAACAUCCGUCCAAUGUAACCAUGAUGAAGGGUUACUUGAUAAGGGGCAGGGAAGACCAGCCUCAUAGUAAUAAUAAACUCAGACGAGAUACUCAUACUCCGCUAGAGAGGGUGCUUCCAAAAGACGAAGCAAACGUCAUGGAACGCGCUAAUCAAAUAGUCAUGAAAAACAAAUCAUUUCGACCCAGAGAACGUGGCAAGAAGGGUUUAAAAAAUCUUCAAACUGUAAAGACCCUAGCUGGAAGAACACAAAGUUAUGGCAGUGGACCCGGCAAAGCAAGAAAACAACCCAUGACAGUAUCGGCACAAUUUCAACAGAGCUUACACAGUCUCAUGGACACCUUAAAUCAAGCAAAUCCUUUCUUCAUCAGAUGCAUUAAAAGCAACGCCAACAAGGUACCAAAUGAAUUCGACGAGGAAACUGUGCAACGACAAUUAAGAUACACAGGAAUGUUAGAAACAGUCAGAAUAAGACAAGCUGGAUUUAAUGUUAGAUUAACAUACGAAGAGUUUAUCCAACUGUACAGAAUGUUGCUACCCAAGGGAUUGUUAAGUUCACAGUCCGACGUUAGAGACUUCUUGCUGACACUGAAUCUUAACAGAGACAAUUAUCAGCUCGGAACGACUAAAGUUUUCCUGAGAGAAUCGGAAAAAAUCAAAUUAGAUAUAGAAUUGCAUCAGCAGAUCAUCACAAGUAUCACAACAAUACAAAAGUGGUUCCGCGCCUGCCUGGAAAGAAGAAAGUUCCUCAGAUUGAAAAAGGCUGUCGUGCAAAUACAGUCUUUUUGGAGAAUGAUCAUUGCUCAAAGACUUGCCCACUCUCUGCGUGCUAGGGUAGAAGCUGCUACUCACAUACAAUCUGGUUGGAGAUCGUACAAACAGCAACAGUGGUUCAAAAAGUUCAAGUCGUCUAUAAUUACUUUUCAAGCCCAUGUCAGGGGCAACAAUGCAAGGAAAGCUUUUGCUCAGCUGCAGAAGCGAAAGAAUUUGCUUGUUGAUAAAAUUGGAGAAUACAAGGAGAUUCAAGAUCAAAGAGAGCUUACAUAUGAUAACAGCAAGGUGUACUCAAAGCUUAGGGAUAGUGAAGAAUCACUCACGGAAGACCAUACGUUGCUGGAUUUUAGUACGAUUCGGAAAAUGGACUCCCAAAAUCGUUUCACUCCAGCAAGAGUGGACAGUGCAGCAAGGGACAACACUAUCGACACUAGUAUGACAUAUUCGAAGCGUAAACUUACACCGAAUGCAAGAAUACUACAUGAAUCCAUUACGGUAUUAAAGAACACAGAACUUUAUUCGUCCGAGGACACUAGAACAAAACGCGGCGAUCAUUCCCCCGUGGUAACAGUGAAUACAAACUUAGUAAAUGCUUCCAGCCGAUUGUCCUCAGUCGGCAAACGGGCAGAUAGUUCAUCAACAGGGUACAGCGAUGGAGAAACCGACUCGGAAAUACCAAGCGCAGUACAAAGCGCACCACCAGUCUUCAGUACUGCACCGUCGUUCCCGUGUCCACGAGAGAUUAAAUAUCAUCAGUCCAACAUUAACUUGACGCAUAGUCCAAACUCAGACAUAUGGCGGCGUAGAGCAGACUUCACGUCUAUCAAUUACAGCGACUAUUUAAUGUCUGGUCCUCAGAAGACAGCAUUAACGCGUUCCGCGAAUGUUUCGCAAUGCAAGAAUAUGACAGACAACAUAAUAGAACCGGGACAGCACGAGAAGCCAAACGAGGCGUCGAACUUUAACGUGAAACUGGAUACAAACGAACGUUUCAUUCACAUGGAGAGAUCGUCGGCUCGAGAACAGCGUCGACUCAGUGACAACAGCAUGUCCAGCGAACGACUGGAAAGCGUUCCAGCGUCUCCAAUUAGACGGGACCAUGGAUACGGUCAUGGUAAAGACCUGAAAGAUUUCAGUUACUUAAGACGACAAAAUUCAGAAGGAGACACGUCCAUCAAGUUGGAUUCCGUGAACGAUGAAAACAUUUUGAAGAGUCCCCUGUUGAAGGGGACAUCGCCUAAAGAGAAAAAUUCAAGGCCAAAAGAGAAAUCCGAGCCUGACGUGCCUGUCAGAAGUGCAAGAAGAAACCGACCCUCGCGAGAAUUCCAUUGUUGGUCCAUGGGCGAGAGCGUGUCGGAUUCAAACAGUGGCGAGGCGAAGAACCUCUUCCUGGGCACGAUUAAAGAGAGUGACUUAAACAAGUCUGCGAACGUGUGGACCCGCAAGGAUAGCCCGCACGAAACCCCGUCGAGAUCGGUAACAGACUGGCCCGUGAACAAGACUGAAAAUGCCUCCAAGACCCAGCAACCUGGCAGGCGUAUGAGAUCCAACGCUAUAACGACAUUGGAGCUGAGAAGGAGAAACUCUGAUCCAGCCACUAAGGUAUCUGGUCUCAGCGAGGACAAACCUGGAACCGAUACAAGUCCCAACGACUUGAAACUCGCGCCUGGAAUGAAUCUUUUGGAAUGGAAGGGCAAUUUGUUCACCUUGGCCGGCCAUCGGUUCAGAAAGGUUGCGAGGUUCGCCAAGGAUGACGUGUGCGUCUGUUGCCACGAGAAGAUGGACGCAUUCGUCACGCAGGGGUACAAGUGUGCGGAAUGUAAACAGUUGUACCACGUGAAAUGUAUUCAGAACGGCGGGGUACUUAAGAUGCCGUGCAUCCUGACGAACACUCCCGGCAGACGGAAAAAUAGGAAGCCACCGCGAACACCGUACGACGCAACGAAGCAGACGGUCGCGUCCAAGUUCAGUUUGACCGGUACUUCCGCGUUCUCCGACAGCACGGACAAAAUUAUAUCCGAUGCCAAGGAGCUGGCGCUCAUGCAGGACUUCAUCACGAAGAAAAUCUACAUAAUGGAAGGCCAGGCGGAGGGUAGAAAACCCAGCGAAGUGGACCGUGUGUUCAAGCAGGCUCUUCGUAAAUUUAAAGACGAUCUGGUGAUCACUUACAGCGUCGCCAUUCAGCAGGGCGUCGAGGGCAACAUCAAGUACACCGAUCUGAUAGCGAACUUCCUGCACGUGAUGGAGACGGUCUGCAAACAAGAGAAUACCAGUGAAGAUUUUCCCGUGACGAUGGGAGUGAACGCGUUCAGGGGGUUCAUGAACGAAUUCAUGACGCUAGUCAAAACCGAAGCGCCGGAGAAACAGAGUAAGAGCAAACGGAAGAAGGAGAAGAAACGGAAGCAAGAAGAACCGACACGACACGGGAAUCACAUGUUCCAGUUGACUAUCAUAAAUAUACCUACAGCCUGUGAAGUAUGCACGUCUUUCUUUAUGUGGCCUAUUGAACGCGGACUUGUUUGUCAGAAUUGCAAGCUGACAUGUCACAAGAAGUGCUACAUGAAAGCGUCGGCGGAGUGCGGAAAGGAAGCGUUGCACGAGGCGAACUCGCGAAAGGUGUUCGGCGUGCCCCUGUACAAAUUGGACUUGGGCAUAUACCGGUAGAGCGGUGUCAGUUCGAAAGUGAAAGAGUUGAAGCUGAAGAUGGACGAGGGUGAUUUGGAGAAGGUUCUAUUCGAGAAUUACCAAGUGCACGUGCUCGCGGCUGUGCUGAAGAGCUUCUUCCGGGAUAUGCCCGAGCCUCUGUUGACCUUCGAGUAUUACGACGAUUUUCUGCACGCUGCUAACUUGACGGAUCCACGGGAUCGGAUCAGCACGCUGUUCGCCAUACUGAAAAAGCUACCGAAACCGAACUUCGAUCUGAUGGAACGGUUGAUCGUUCAUCUGGCGAGGGUCGCGCUUCACGAGGUCGACAAUCGUAUGUCCCCGUCAGCCCUGGCGAUCGUGUUCGCCCCGUGCAUCCUGAGGACCAGUAGGACCCUGCCUGCACAGGACUCGCUGCAAGACGUUGGCCGGCAGACCUGUUGCGUCGAGACGAUCGUCCAAGAGAAACUGAGGGUCGUGCGGGCGACCCUGGCCGAUAUAAAUACUCUCGAGUCCGCCUGUCACACGGCGACUCAUCGUUUGUCCAGCUUGCGAUCCUCGAAGAUCUUCAGCCCGGAGGAAUUGAACGCGGCUGUAUCGAACGUGGCCGCGAGAGGCGGUACCGCGGAUCGGCAUAGGGAUCGGGGCGACGAGGAAGAGGCGCUUCUUGUCGAUCACAUACAGGAGAUCCAGAAGGAAAAGGCAUUGCUGACCUCGACUCUUCCCAGCCUAACGAGAGCUUCCUCGGACGACGAUCUACUUCUCUCUGCCACCGACUUGGACGAUGGGUCUCUCGAUGAUCUACUUCCAUCCUCUGCCGACGGUCUAGUAAGAAAGAAACCAAUCCAGAGGCAGAGUUCCGCGGACAAUGCAUUUCCCACGAUCAUCAGCGUCGACGAGGACAUGGUAAUGGUAUGACCAUCGACUGGGAACGUUACCACGACGGAUGAUCGAUAUGUGUAGCAACAUGACACGCGCUGUGAAGCGUCGGACUGACGGCAGCGAAUCGACGAGUCUUACUUCUGGUCUCAUCGGCAAGCCGCUAGUAAUUUAAAUAAGUAGUUAAACAAGAAAAAAAAAGCAAAGAAAAGAAACAAGAAAGCAAAACAAGAAACGCGACAUUUUAGGUAGGUCUAGUAAUUUGUUCCACGCGAAGUUAAGCUGAUAAUUCGAUCAAAACGUACAUUAUAUAUACAUACACACACACACACAUAUAUAUAUAUAUAUAUAUUUUUUUUUUUUCACUCUGUCGCUAAGCUUUCAGAGCUGUGUUUUUAAAGAACGAUUAAGAAGUUACGCGAGAGAAAGGGAGAGAGUACAAUUACAGCUUCUGCACGCGAUAAAAGAAAGAAACAAAGAAGAUAUGAGAAAGAUGUGCUGAAUAUUCAUUUUUAAUAGUCCAUUUUUCUCUUGGAACGCAAUCCUCUCUUUGAAUCGAAGACUGUCCAAUCAGGCUAUCUAGGUGUUUAGAAGCGUGUGUGACGAGAGCCAUUCGGUGAUUCUAUCGGUUACAUUACUUCCAAAACGAAUAGAAUACAAUCGCCGCCCCAUUUCGGUCUGUCGUUACAUACAUAUAUACCAAUAUACAUACGUUCUCGUUUCUACCGCGCAGGCGGAAGGGCACAAAGAAAAGAAAGAAAAGAAGUUGGGGUUUAUGCACGGUUCUCAUGUCGAACGCGUGAAAAAGAAGAGAAAAAAAAACAGAGAAUUAUCCGUUGUUGUUACGAGCGUGUUUUAGUCCGCAUUUAAAUUCUCUCGUUCU